AUGACAGACGACGUGGAGAUGCAAUAUGCCAAUAACCCCGUCAUCAAGGGCAGUGAAGUGCGACAGAUGUUCAAGACAGUCCUUGGCCAGCUGGACCAGAUGACCCAUGAAGUUCGCUACUUUGACUAUGUCGCACCUCGGAUCUACCAAGCUGCCACUAUCAGAUACCUAGUCAAGGGCGAUAACCACGACACCGACGAAAUCACCAUACCUGGCUUCGCUGUGUUUCAUGUCCGGGAGGAAGAUAGCCGUGUCAAAUGCUAUCGAGCAGAGACCUUCCUCGACGCAUCGGCGGUUUUUCAACGAAUUGCUGAAAGAUCGAGUCAAGCUUAA